CGAAUCACAUGAGCAGGGAUCUGUUUACAAACUGAGGGCUGUAGACGAGAAGUGGAAGAAGAGAGACGAGGAAGGAGAGAGGAGGAGGAGAGUGAAUGUGAGAAGAAAAAUACCUGGAUCUGAAUUCACAUCAGCCGCAUUGUCUUCCUCCCAGCGUCAUACCUGCUAUGUUCUUUGUUCAGAGGGAAGAGAUGAGACGCUGCUUUCCACAGGAACACUGAAGGCUGCCCUGUCUGCCUGCCUGCCUGUCUGCCUGCAAGCCUGCCUGACUGCCUGCCUGACUGGCUGACUGGCUGGUCGUGCUGCCGGGAGAAACCCAUCCAUGUCCUUCCCUUUGUCUCUCCAUAAUUGGCCACAGCAGGUUUUCACAGCCACAGAGAAAGAAGGCGACGUGGAGGUCUAAAAAGGAAGGGAGAGAAGAGAAAAAGAAGAGGAGGAAGGGAAGAGGAGACUCGUGACAAUGUUUUGAAGGGGAGACAAAAAAAAAAAAAAAAGCAGCUCGGUCAGAGGUACAUAACCCUAGUGUUGGAUGGGAUCUGGAGUGUAUUUCCCCAUACUGUCAGUUACAUUGGGGUCUUUUUAUCCACAAGGUUCUUCUUCAAGACUGUUUUCUUUGUCUGUCAGCGACAGAACAACCCUGAUGCCUUUACAGUUGUUUGGGAGUCUAAAUCAGAAUUAAUGGAUGUUUGUGUCGCUGCAGAUUGAGGUUUCAGGGGUUCAAAUGAGCCCGACGUCUUCUUGUGGAGCUUCUACUCAGGUCUGCUUAGACCACAAGGAUUGUCACUCACUGCACAUCCACUCAGGGUAAACUAGUCUGAACCUGAAAAGUCGUGGAAGUAAAGCUCCUUCCUCUGUGGAAACCAGGCUUUGUUACAUUGGAGAGGUCACGACCCCAAAGAUAUUCUGGGUUUGCCAACCGAUGCAUCCUGUCCAGUGGUGUAACGGGUGCCUGUGUGACCUUGGACAGCAGAACGUCGACCCCUACUGCAAGAUGACGUCCGAAGAGCUCUUCCACCUGCCGCUCAACGUCUACAUCAUCAUCCUGGGCAUCGGCCUCUUCAUCCUCAUGCUCAGCCUCAUCUUCUGCUGCUACCUGUUCAGACUGAGGCGACAAGGUGCCAGAGAACAGUAUGGUUACAACGAGGUUGUUUUGAAAGGAGCGGGGAAGAAACUGAGCCUUCUUGGUCAAACGUGUGCGGUCUGUUUAGAAGAGUUUCGCAGCAGGGAUGAGCUCGGAGUGUGUCCAUGCACCCACGCUUUUCACAAGAAGUGUCUUCUAAAGUGGUUAGAGAUCCGCAGUGUCUGCCCCAUGUGCAACAAGCCCAUUUGUCGCCUCAAGCCGGAAACCCCGCCAGCACCUGAGCAGCCGCAGAGCCUCCUGGAGGUCUGAGAGGGGGACGCCAGUCCAGCAGCACCUCACACAGAUAACUCUCACUAUAGAUGCAGUUUAAGUAAUGCAAACAUUUCUUGAGGCAGAGCUACUCAUUUAAUUAUCCGAGUUAAACUGUUCAGAGCCAAAGAACCUACCUGGCAACCUAUAUGAGGGGAGAUUAUUUAUUUAUCGGCAUUCCUGAUGGGAGAUUAAGGCUAACAAUCAAGCCUAGAUACUGCAAUGUUCAGUAUAUAGCCAGAUGCUUAAGCUAAUGCACAAGUGCCUUAAAGCUGCAGGUCCUUUAAAGUAGAGCCCUGCACGGGACCUUCAGAUUCCUCCUACUGGAUUUCUGAACAUUCGCGGCCACACAUUAGAGAUUUUCCUCUUGUUCCCGCAGUCAGUCAACAACUGAGUUUCUCCAGAUGUCAGACAUGUCUUGCUUUGCAUUUGAUUCGUAAAAACACGCUUUAAUCGUCUUUAAAAACCGUCUGCUCCUGUGAGAUUGCCGUUGUGUUAGGGUUAAUGUAGUACUUCACUCUAAAGGCCACUAAAAGACACAUUCAGUUUAUUAUCAAGAUCGAUUGUCAGAUAGAUAAUUCCACUUCUUACUGUGUACAUGACAAUCUUGACAAUUACUUAAUGACGAGGAUAAAGGCUUAAAGGGAGCUAUGUUUCAUUUAACUCCAUAUCAUGUACACAAAGCAACGCUUCACUGUUGCUGAUGAGUGUCUGAAAUCCCAGUUUACUCCUCGUUAUACAUAAAUUAUGUAGGAAAACAAUGAAUGAGGGAACAAUUGGGGACACAGUCCAGAACUGCCAAACUGAGAUUGAGCCAUAAAUCCCAAGGUUUCCUUCUCAAUCCUAUGGACGACGUCACUAAUGCUGCUUCCACAUUAUUGGUUAGCAGGAAUGCUGCUGCCAGCUUUAUGAACGGGCACCAGUUGAAUACAUUCCUCAGCCUGCUGGGAAACAGCAGUUAGCUUCACCCGCUGAAGUUUGAUUGACGUGAUUAUCUGCUGUGGAGAAACUCAUGACAUCACCACCAAAAACACGUCACUUGCAGAGCGUGGAGACGCCAGAUAGUUGUUCAGAUUCCAGAUAAAACACUUAUAGCUGGAUCUUCUACUUCUGCAUCACCCAAACAGUAACGGAUGCCACUGUUGUAACCAGACUAACGAGAAUACUCCCGCCUCCGCAGCAGCUCUGCCUCUGAGAAAUGUUUGUAUGACAAACUACGGUCGUUUUUCAAAGACGACAUGCAGCGCCACACGAACACGAUGUAGGUUUUACAACAACUUUAAGAGCCUGGAGCUCGGAAAGAAGAAGACUCAACCACCAGCUCUGAAGACGUCUGAACCUCCUUUGGCUCGCCCCAAAUGCAGAGACUGAAACAGAGGACGCACAUGCAUGUACAGUAACAAGAGUCGGGUGUAUUUUGGCUGUAAUCUUCCAUUGUCUCCCAGUCAAUCAGCUCUGUGUGUUGCCAAGCUUAGUGAAGGUUGUGAAGAGUCAUACGGGAUCUGAUGCCUGUUCAAGCCACUCCGCCACUAAAAUAACACUCAUAUACGUGGUAUUUAAGUUAUUCCUAGGGAACUGCUUUGUAUCAUUUCUGUGAAGGUAUUGUGUUUCAGUGUCAUCAUUGCCAGUGGGACAGACUUGAACCGACCAUCCCUCAAUGAAAUCUUAGCUCGCAGUGUCUCCACUGUAGUGAUAUAAAUAGACGUGCUGCACUGAUAGGAACAGCCUGUUUGAGCUGGUUUCUUGUCUGAGUGAGGUGCACCAUAAACAUUAUCUGUAUGUAUCAUGUAAUAUACUAUGAGUACUGUGUAAAUUGUAAAUGCUUUUAAAUUUUCUGACUUUAGAAAAAGAAAAAAAUAUAACCAGUGUUUUGAUAAGGUCA